CAACACCAACACCAUCACAACUACCACCACCAUGAGUGAUUCAAUGCUAUAUCAAACACUGCAAACAUGUCUGCCCAAAUCACGCCUCAUAACCCUGUGGCUAGCCUUCAAUUUGGCGAUGUUAGUACAGGAGCCCAGGCCACAAGCGGCCACAGUACAUGCAGCAACCGCUGGCGGUAGUAUGUUGGGAGAUGUUAAUAUAUCGGCUAUUUUGGAUUCCUUCAGUGUCAGUUAUGACAAAAGAGUAAGACCCAACUAUGGUGGACCCCCGGUCGAAGUUGGUGUCACCAUGUAUGUGCUAUCGAUCAGCUCGCUAUCUGAAGUGAAAAUGGACUUUACAUUGGAUUUUUACUUCCGUCAAUUUUGGACCGAUCCUCGUUUAGCGUAUAGAAAACGACCUGGUGUAGAAACACUAUCGGUUGGAUCAGAGUUCAUUAAAAACAUUUGGGUACCUGACACCUUUUUCGUAAAUGAAAAACAAUCAUAUUUUCAUAUUGCAACAACCAGUAACGAAUUCAUACGUGUACAUCACUCUGGAUCGAUAACAAGAAGUAUUAGAUUAACAAUUACAGCAUCCUGCCCCAUGAAUCUACAGUACUUCCCCAUGGAUCGUCAAUUGUGUCACAUAGAAAUUGAAAGCUUCGGUUACACGAUGAGAGAUAUCCGUUACUUCUGGAAAGAUGGACUGAGUAGUGUUGGCAUGAGCAGUGAGGUCGAACUACCGCAGUUCCGCGUCUUGGGACACAGGCAGAGGGCGACCGAAAUAAACCUAACCACAGUCGGCUAUACGAUGCGUGACAUUCGCUAUAAGUGGAAUGAAGGACCGAACUCGGUUGGUGUCUCGAGUGAGGUCUCGCUACCGCAAUUUAAGGUCUUGGGUCAUCGUCAGAGAGCUAUGGAAAUCAGUCUUACCACAGGAAAUUAUUCGCGUUUGGCUUGCGAGAUACAAUUUGUGCGCUCUAUGGGCUAUUAUCUUAUACAAAUUUAUAUACCCUCUGGACUGAUCGUUAUUAUAUCAUGGGUAUCAUUUUGGCUUAAUCGUAAUGCUACACCAGCCCGUGUAGCUUUAGGUGUCACCACUGUGUUGACCAUGACAACUUUGAUGUCAUCGACAAAUGCUGCGCUGCCGAAAAUUUCAUAUGUCAAAUCGAUUGACGUCUAUCUAGGAACAUGUUUCGUGAUGGUCUUUGCCAGUUUAUUGGAAUACGCCACUGUGGGCUAUAUGGCAAAACGAAUUCAAAUGCGAAAACAAAGAUUUAUGACGAUCCAAAAGAUGGCUGAGCAAAAAAAGCAGCAACAACUUGAUGGGGUGCAACCGCCACCCAAUCCAAAUCCGAAUACGGUGGUGGAUCAUGGCGGACAUGGGCAUGGUCAUGGCCAUCACAGCCAUGGUCAUCCUCAUGUACCCAAACAAACAGUGAGUAACCGCCCAAUUGGCUUUCAAAAUAUGCAACAACAAAAUAUUGGUGGUCGCGGUUGCUCGAUAGUGGGACCCUUGUUCCAGGAGGUGAGAUUCAAAGUGCACGAUCCCAAGGCUCAUUCGAAGGGUGGCACCCUUGAGAAUACUGUCAACGGUGGACGUGGUGGCCCGCCCGUUGGACCACAUGGCCCCGGGCCGCAGGGACCCCCCGGUGGACCGCCAGCUGGCGGCGGUGGAGGUGGAGGAGCACCGCCCGAAGGUGGUGACGCUGAGGCCGCGGUACCAGCUCACUUGCUACACCCGGGCAAGGUAAAAAAAGAUAUUAACAAGCUCUUGGGCAUAACACCAUCGGACAUUGACAAAUACUCACGUAUUGUGUUUCCGGUGUGUUUCGUGUGCUUUAAUCUCAUGUACUGGAUUAUCUAUCUGCAUGUCAGCGAUGUGGUGGCCGAUGAUUUGGUCUUGCUGGGCGAAGAAAAAUAAAGUGGGACAA